GGGCGCCCGCGGCUCCACCCCCCGGGGAGUAUUAGCCCCGCCUCCCGGCCCGAGCCCGUUGCCUAGCACACUUCCGGGUUCUCCCCGCCCCGCGGCGAAACCAACGAGAGGACACCGCCGGCAGCUAGAGCAGCCCGACCUAGGAGUGGAACCUAGAAGCGCGCGAAUGUCAGAGGCAAGCUGUCCGCGGCUGCGCUUUCCCGCCCCUGAGCUCUUCUAAACUCGGGAAAAAUGCUUUCUGAAAGCAGCUCAUUUUUGAAGGGUGUGAUGCUUGGAAGUGUUUUCUGUGCCUUGAUCACUAUGCUGGGACAUGUUAAUAUUGGCCAUGAAAAUCGAAUGCAUCACCAUGAGCACCAUCACUUAAAAGCUCCAAAUAAAGAAGACAUCUCCAAAAUUUCAGAUGAUGAACGCAUGAAGCUCAGUAAGAACUUCCGGGUGUACUGUAUCAUCCUUGUAAAACCGAAAGAUGUGAGUCUUUGGGCAGCAGUGAAAGAUACCUGGACCAAACACUGUGACAAAGCAGAAUUCUUCAGUUCUGAAAGUGUUAAAGUGUUUGAGUCAGUUAACAUGGAAACAAGUGAUAUGUGGUUAAUGAUGAGAAAAGCUUAUAGGUAUGCCUUUGACCAAUACAAAGACCAAUACAACUGGUUCUUCCUCGCACUCCCCACUACAUUUGCUAUCAUUGAAAAUUUAAAGUAUUUUUUGUUAAAAAAGGACCCACUCCAACCUUUCUACCUAGGCCACACUGUAAAAUCUGGAGACCUUGAAUAUGUGAGCAUGGAAGGAGGCAUUGUCUUAAGUGUAGAAUCUAUGAAAAGACUGUCUAGUCUUCUUAGUGACCCUGAAAAGUGUCCAGAACAGGGAGGGGUGAUUUGGAAGUUAUCUGAAGAUAUGCAGCUGGCAGUCUGCCUGAAAUAUGCUGGGAUAUUUGCAGAAAAUGCGGAAGAUUCUGAAGGAAAAGAUGUAUUUAAUACCAAAACUGUCGGGCUGUACAUUAAAGAGGCAAUGGCAAAUCGCCCCAACCAGGUAGUAGAAGGAUGCUGUUCAGAUAUGGCUGUUACUUUCAAUGGGUUGUCUCCCAAUCAGAUGCAUGUGAUGAUGUAUGGGGUAUACCGUCUUAGGGCAUUUGGGCAUACUUUCAAUGAUGGGUUGGUUUUUUUACCUCCAAAUGGUUCUGACAAUGACUGAGAAGUGAAACAAGAGCAUGCAGAUAAUCACCAAAUAGCAUAUGUGAUGCUGUUAUUGGUGGGAACAACUAUAUAUCCAUAACAGCAGUAUGAUUUUUUCCCUUUUUUCUUGCCUUUUACUUUGAUUGGGGUUAUCGGGUUCAAUUGCAUAAUAAAGACCAAUCAUUAAUUUUCAAACACAAUGGAACAAUCCCCCUUAAACCAAGAAAUUCUAAAUGUGUCAAAAAUAUUUUAAGAGUGAUAACUUUGAAAAUAAAGUCAAUA